CUGACAGAUAAUUCCACUUAUUUCUAGUAGAUUUACACUGAAAACAGGGAAAUUUAACUAGUUUUAUGGAGGUGUGUUUUUGCUGUGCAAUACAGGAUGAAAUAUUUUCGAUGAGAGAAAAUGAUAUGUUAUGAAUGUUAAUUUUCUACCUAUUUUCUUUCACUCGAUAACUAGGGGAUUAGAAAGAGAUGAAUUAUAUUAUUUCACUUAGUGCUGCAACGAUUAAUCGAUUAACUCAAGUAAUUCAAUUAUAAAAAAUAUUCGAAUUAAAUUUUGCUGCUUCGAGUAUUCGUUUAAUUAAAGUGGCGUUGUAAUGGUUUGUUUUGAAACUGUUUGCAUUUAGUGUCAUUGAUUUGGGUGGACACAUUGCCUUCUAGUGUCAACAGUGAAUAUGACAUAACUCAUUUUACAUGGCUGAAUCCAGCUGCUCCCUGUUAAGACCAACAUAAGCUAAGUUUUUGUUUGUGCUAAUGUUUUUUAAUGCAUUCGUAAUUUAGUUUAUAGGUACAUUUAGCUGAUUUUUGUGGGAAUAUGUGUUUGAACCGUUUGUUAAGAGCGUUGUUAAAAAAAUAAGUUAACAUUUUAUAGAAUUUAAGCUAGCGGACUUUUGCUAUAUAAGUUAGCCAAUUUGUUCUUUUGUUGUACUUAGAUCCUAAUUUAUUCAUUUUUUUAUACCAUUUGAGCCUCAAUACAGGGAUUUUAGUUUAUUAUCUCUCUUGUCCGAUUACUCGAUUAUUCAAAUUAACGAGUUCAUCGAUUAAUCGACAGCUAAAAUAAUCGAUAGCUGCAGCCCUAAUUUCAUUUGAUUAAAGUACUCAAAGUAAUCUUUCUCACUCUCGCUCUCUCUCUCUGGCACGUUCUCUCUAACCCUCCCCUCUUUUUCUGUGGAGCCCUUUGGCGGCUGCGGAUCUGUUUUCAUAGUGAGGUCAAAGCGAGUUACAGCAGGAGGCCUUUUGUGUUUUGCUAUCCUAACCAGACAGAUUCUGAUUUAAACCUUCUAACACCAAAAAAAUUACCUUUUAUGGACUCAUAGAGCCGUACAACACGUGUGAGGAAGUGGUCAGACAUGGCUUCACAGUUAUUGUGGACAUGCGUGGCUCCAAAUGGGACAGCAUCAAGCCUCUGCUGAAGAUCUUACAGGAGUCCUUCCCAUCCUGCAUCCACGUUGCCCUCAUCAUCAAGCCAGAUAAUUUCUGGCAGAAGCAGAGGACCAACUUUGGCAGCUCCAAGUUUGAGUUUGAGACAGUAAUGGUCUCCUUAGAAGGUUUAUCCAAAAUCGUCGACCCAUCGCAGCUGACAGCGGACUUUGAUGGCAGCUUAGAGUACAACCAUGAUGAUUGGAUUGAGGUGCGGCUAUCAUUUGAGACUUUUGCCAGCGAUGCAGCACGAGCUUUGGCACGACUCGAGGAGCUGCAGGAAACUUUGUCCCAGCGAGAUCUCCCACGGGACCUGGAGGGGGCUAGGCGUCUUAUGGAAGAACAUGCGGCACUAAAGAAGAGGGCCACUAAAGCCUCAGUAGAGGAGUUGGACACACAGGGACGCAGGCUGCUUCAGAGGCUACAGUCCCAAACUGUGGGAAGCGGGAGUAGUGUUGAAAGCGUGUUUGGGAACCGAAUUGGAGGUGCAAGUGGGGAAUCCAAUGAUCACCAUCAUGGUUUCUACACGCAUGCCGAUGCUCACAACCUUGGAACCAAAGUGACUAAUUUACUGGAUAAGCUUCACGGGACGCGUCAGAAUCUGCAACAGCUGUGGCACAUGAGGAAGCUAAAACUGGACCAGUGUUUCCAGCUACGUCUUUUCGAGCAAGAUGCAGAAAAGAUGUUCGACUGGAUCAUGCACAAUAAGGGGCUUUUCCUCACCAGCUACACGGAAAUCGGGGGUAACCACCAGCAUGCUGUUGAACUGCAGACCCAGCACAACCACUUUGCAAUGAACUGCAUGAAUGUGUACGUGAACAUCAACCGGAUUAUGUCAGUAGGGAAUCGGCUCCUGGAAUCAGGCCACUAUGCCUCCCAGCAGAUCCAGCAGAUUUCAGGCCAGUUGGAGCAGGAGUGGAAGGCCUUUGCUGCAGCACUGGACGAACGCAGCACCCUCCUAGAGAUGUCAGCCAGCUUCCAUCAAAAAGCCGAUCAGUACAUGAGUAAAGUGGAGCCAUGGUGUAAAGCUUGUGGUGAAGGAGACUUGCCUUCAGAACUCCAAGACCUGGAGGACACAAUCCACCGCCAUCAGGGCCUAUAUGAGCACAUUACCUCUGCAUACUCUGAGGUGAGCCAAGAUGGGAAGUCUCUUCUGGACAAACUACAGCGACCUUUGACCCCAGGGAGCACAGAUUCUUUGAUGGCAUCAGCUAACUAUUCUAAGGCGGUUCACCAUGUCCUGGAUAUUAUCCAUGAGGUGCUCCAUCAUCAGAGGCAACUUGAGAACAUCUGGCAGCAUCGCAAAGUUCGCCUUCACCAACGUCUGCAACUGUGUGUUUUCCAGCAAGAUGUACAGCAAGUACUAGACUGGAUAGAAAACCAUGGUGAGGCUUUCCUCAGUAAACACACUGGCGUCGGGAAGUCUUUGCACAGAGCGCGAGCGCUGCAGAAGAGACAUGAGGACUUUGAAGAGGUUGCACAGAACACCUACACUAAUGCUGACAAGCUGCUCGAGGCAGCAGAGCAGUUGGCUCAAACCGGAGAAUGUGACCCCGAGGAAAUUUACCAGGCUGCCCACCAGCUUGAAGAUCGCAUUCAGGACUUCGUGCGACGUGUGGAACAACGCAAGGUUCUGUUGGAUAUGUCGGUUUCCUUCCACACACACGUCAAAGAGCUGUGGACUUGGUUGGAGGAGCUUCAGAAGGAACUGCUGGAUGAUGUGUAUGCAGAGUCUGUGGAGGCAGUGCAGGAUUUGAUCAAACGUUUUGGUCAGCAACAACAGACCACCCUACAAGCGACUGUCAAUGUCAUUAAGGAAGGUGAAGACCUCAUACAGCAGCUCAGAGACUCUGCCAUUUCAAGCAACAAGACCCCCCACAACAGCUCCAUGGCGCACAUCGAGAGUGUGCUACAGCAGCUGGAUGAGGCUCAGGGCCAGAUGGAGGAGCUUUUCCAGGAGCGGAAGAUCAAACUGGAACUCUUCCUUCAGCUUCGCAUCUUUGAGAGAGAUGCCAUUGAUGUAAUCUCUGACCUAGAGUCAUGGAAUGAAGAACUGACCCAGCAGAUGAGUGACUUUGACACAGAGGAUCUGACACUGGCUGAACAGAGGCUUCAGCACCACGCAGACAAGGCACUCACCAUGAACAACCUCACCUUUGACGUUAUCCAUCAAGGCCAAGAGUUGCUUCAGUACGUCACAGAAGUCCAAGCAUCUGGCGUGGAGCUGUUAUGUGACCGAGAUGUGGACAUGGCCACCCGCGUUCAGGAUCUCCUGGAGUUUCUCCACGAGAAGCAGCAGGAGCUGGACCUAGCAGCCGAGCAACACCGCAGGCAUUUGGAGCAGUGUGUCCAGUUAAGACACCUUCAGGCUGAGGUCAAACAGGUGCUGGGCUGGAUCCGCAAUGGCGAGUCAAUGCUGAACGCUGGGCUGAUCACGGCUAGUUCGUUACAAGAGGCUGAGCAGUUACAGAAGGAACAUGAACAAUUUCAGCAUGCAAUUGAGAAAACCCAUCAGAGUGCGCUUCAGGUCCAGCAGAAGGCAGAGGGUCUACUUCAGGCUAACCACUAUGACAUGGACAUGAUCCGAGACUGUGCAGAAAAGGUGGCAGACCACUGGCAGCAGCUGAUGCUGAAGAUGGAGGACAGACUCAAACUGGUUAAUGCUUCUGUGGCCUUUUAUAAGACCUCUGAACAAGUGUGCAGUGUGUUGGAAAGCCUGGAGCAGGAGUACAAAAGAGAGGAGGACUGGUGUGGUGGUGCUGAUAAACUGGGCCCUAACAGUGAGUCUGAUCAUGUCACUCCAAUGGUCAGCAAACAUUUGGAGCAGAAGGAGGCUUUUCUCAAAGCCUGCACACUGGCUAGACGCAAUGCUGAUGUCUUCCUUAAGUACCUGCACAGGAACAGUGUCAACAUGCCUGGAAUGUUGUCCCAUGUCAAAGCUCCAGAGACUCAGGUUAAAAACAUCUUAAAUGAAUUGCUGCAGAGAGAGAACAGGGUGCUCCAUUUCUGGACCAUGAGAAAGCGGAGGCUGGAUCAGUGCCAGCAAUAUGUGGUGUUUGAACGCAGUGCCAAGCAGGCCUUGGAGUGGAUCCAUGACACGGGGGAGUUUUACCUGUCCACACACACUUCCACUGGCUCCAGCAUUCACCACACACAGGAGCUUUUAAAAGAGCAUGAAGACUUUCAGAUAACAGCUAAGCAAACCAAAGAGCGUGUAAAGCUGUUGAUCCAGCUGGCUGAUGGUUUUUGUGACAAGGGCCACGCCCAUGCCGUGGAGAUAAAGAAAUGGGUGUCCUCAGUGGACAAGCGCUACAGGGACUUUUCUAUCCGUAUGGACAAAUACAGGACCUGCCUGGAAUCGGCGCUUGGCAUUUCAUCCGACUCCAACAAGGCAAGUAAAGAGCUUCAACUGGACAUCAUCCCAGCUAGUGCUCCGGGUUCAGAGGUCAAGUUGAGAGAUGCUGCCCAUGAACUUAAUGAGGAAAAGAGGAAGUCCGCAAGGAGGAAAGAAUUUAUAAUGGCUGAGUUGAUCCAAACAGAGAAAGCCUACGUCAGAGACCUGCGUGAGUGUAUGGAUACAUAUCUAUGGGAGAUGACCAGUGGUGUGGAGGAAAUCCCUCCAGGCAUUGUCAACAAGGAGCACAUCAUCUUUGGGAACAUGCAAGACCUCUAUGAGUUUCAUCACAACAUCUUCUUGAAAGAGUUGGAGAAAUAUGAGCAGCUUCCAGAGGAUGUGGGUCAUUGUUUUGUUACCUGGGCUGACAAGUUUCAGAUGUACGUAAACUAUUGUAAGAACAAGCCAGACUCCACGCAGCUCAUAUUGGAACAUGCUGGCCCCUAUUUUGAUGAAAUCCAGCAAAGACAUCGCCUUGCCAAUUCUAUCUCAUCUUACUUGAUCAAACCUGUCCAAAGAAUAACAAAGUACCAACUGCUUCUAAAGGAACUGUUGACAUGCUGUGAGGAAGGAAAAGGAGAAAUCAAGGACGGUCUUGAGGUGAUGCUAAGUGUUCCCAAAAGAGCCAAUGAUGCCAUGCACCUCUCCAUGCUAGAUGGGUUCGAUGGGAACAUAGACUCACAAGGAGAACUGAUUCUUCAAGAGUCCUUCCAGGUUUGGGAUCCUAAAACUUUGAUCCGAAAAGGCAGAGACCGCCACCUUUUCCUCUUCGAGAUGUCACUGGUUUUUAGUAAAGAAGUAAAAGAUUCCAACGGGCGUAGCAAGUACCUUUACAAGAGCAAGCUGUUUACAUCAGAGCUCGGAGUCACAGAGCAUGUGGAAGGAGAUCCUUGUAAAUUUGCCCUCUGGGUAGGCAGAACCCCAACCUCGGACAACAAGAUCGUGCUUAAGGGUUCAAGCAUUGAAAACAAGCAGGACUGGAUCAAACACAUUCGUGAGGUCAUUCAAGAGCGAACAGUCCAUCUGCGCGGUGCUCUGAAGGAGCCCAUUCACAUCCCCAAAGCCACCACCACCAAGCAUAAAGGCAGACGAGAUGGAGAAGAGCUAGACAGCCAAGGAGACGCUAGCAGUCAACCAGACACCAUCUCAAUUGCCUCAAGGACAUCCCAGAACACACUGGACAGUGAUAAGCUGUCGGGUGGUUGCGAGCUGACAGUGGUCAUCCAUGACUUUGUGGGCAGCAACGGUGGCACCAGUGGGGAGCUGACAGUGCGACGAGGCCAGACAGUCGAGGUUCUGGAGCGACUCCAUGAUAAACCGGACUGGUGCCUGGUCCGGACCACGGACCGUUCUCCCGCUCAAGAGGGCAUCGUUCCAUGUUCCAUGCUCUGCAUCGCACACUCCAGGUCAUCCAUGGAGAUGGAAGGGCUCUUCAACCACAAAGAUACCUUGUCUGUAUCCAACAAUGACACAUUACAGCCAGGCUCCAGCCAAACCUUGGGCCCUCAUAGCUCACCAGGACCAAAGCGUCCAGGGAACACAUUAAGGAAAUGGCUGACCAGUCCCGUACGGCGGCUGAGCUCUGGCAAGGCAGAUGGUCAUGUGAAAAAGCUGGCCCACAAACACAAAAAGAACCGUGAAGGUCCACGGAAGAACCUGGAUGUUAUGCAAGGUCCUCAGAAAGACUCUGACGACAGUGCAGCCACGCCACAGGAUGAGACACUAGAGGAGCGCAUGCGUAAUGAAGGACUGAGCAGUGGUACGCUCUCCAAGUCUUCAUCAUCAGGCAUGCAGAGCUGUGGAGAGGAGGAAGGUGAGGAGGGUGCUGACGCUGUCCCGCUUCCUCCCCCGAUGGCCAUCCAGCAACACAGUCUGCUGCAGCCUGACACCCAGGAUGAUAAGUCUGCGUCCCGACUGUCUGGUCGGCCUAGCAGCUCAGAGACGCCCAGUGCUGCUGAACUGGUCAGUGCCAUAGAACAACUGGUCAAAAGCAAGAUGUCACUGGAGGAUCGUCCCAGUUCUCUAUCUGUGGAGCAAGGUGACAGCAGUUCUCCUUCCCUAAACCCUUCUGACAACUCCCUCCUCUCAUCCUCUUCGCCCAUGGAAGAGUUGGACGAACGCAAAUCCGGCUUCCUCAAGAGAAGACAUUAUGUCUUAUUAGAGUUGGUGGAGACUGAACGAGACUAUGUCAGAGACUUGGGAUCAGUUGUGGAGGGUUACAUGAGCAGAAUGAAAGAGGAAGGUGUUCCAGAUGACAUGCGAGGAAAAGACAAGAUUGUCUUUGGAAACAUCCAUCAGAUUUAUGAUUGGCACAAAGAUUUUUUCUUGGGAGAGAUUGAAAAGUGUUUAGAGGAUCCUGACAGACUUGCUUCUUUAUUUGUCAAACAGGAGCGCAGGUUUCACAUGUACAUCGUAUACUGCCAAAACAAGCCAAAAUCGGAGCACAUUGUGUCAGAAUACAUUGACACUUAUUUUGAAGAGCUCAAGCAGCGAUUAGGUCACAGGUUGCAGAUCACUGAUCUGCUUAUCAAACCUGUCCAGCGCAUAAUGAAAUACCAGUUAUUACUAAAGGAUCUUCUCAAGGUUUGUAAGAAGGCUGGAAUGGAUUCCUCAGAGCUCGAGAAAGCUGUAGAGGUGAUGUGUGUUGUCCCUAAGCGCUGCAACGACAUGAUGAAUGUUGGCCGCCUUCAAGGCUUUGAUGGGAAAAUUGUGGCACAGGGCAGAUUGCUCCUGCAAGACACUUUCUUGGUUUCAGACCAGGAUGGGGGACUUUUGUCAAGAAUGAAGGAAAGGAGAGUCUUUCUUUUUGAGCAGAUUGUUAUAUUUAGUGAACCCAUAGAAAAGAAAAAGGGCUUCUCUACUCCUGGCUACCUCUUCAAGAACAGCAUCAAGGUGAGCUGGCUUGGUCUGGAAGAAAAUGCAGAAGACCACUGCAAAUUCACACUAACCUCCAGGUCAUCUAGUGGCAAUGUGGAGAGGUAUACCCUCCAUUCAGCAAGCCCUGGAGUCAGUCAGAUCUGGCUUCACCAGGUCAGCCAGAUUCUGGAAAACCAGCGCAAUUUCCUUAAUGCUCUGACGUCACCCAUUGAGUACCAAAGGAACCACGUGAGUGGCAGUGGGCCUGGGGGUCCACCCAAUAGUAGCAGUACAGGAGGCCUUCCCGGAGGAAGUACCUCCACCUCUGGUUUAGGAGGUGGCGGCGGUGGCUCCGGAGGAUCAGGAGGCAGCUCCACUUCACUUUGUGGCCCACGCUCCAGACCGUCAAGAAUUCCUCAACCGUCCUCCCGCCUACCCCAGCCCGUCCACCACCACCACCACCCAGGCCCUGAGGGGCCUGACAGAUCAGCAGGUAUGUGGUCACCCAGCCAGCCCCAGUCCAAUCCCGCUAGCCUGUAUUCAGACACCGUCUCAAAUGGCAAGAUAUUAAAUUCUGAGGUCUACAAAAUGGAGGUGCCAGAUGGUAGUGAUGGAGAAAACUCUAAUAACAGUAGCAAACCACUAGGUAGCUUGGAAAAAGGAGUCAGGCAGGGUCCAGGAGGUUGUGAAGAAACCCAAAAACCUCAACCAGUCGCUGUCCCACAAAUGGCUGUCGCACCUCUGCAUUUGGGCCUUAAGAAUCAUCGAGUCAAGACAGUCUCACCUCUGGUUUCACCCCAGUCUCCUGGAAGUGUCAAGGAAGCUUUUGUCUCCACCAGCCAGUCUCACAAAGGCAACUCUUUCUGGGGUACAGUCCCGUCAGUGCCUCCUUCUCCUAAUAGCCGACCAAGUUCCUGCCUUGGUGAUGGUAUUGGUGGAGGGGACUCAUUCAGCAGAGGGAGCCACGGGAUUCCUGCUCAUCAUCGCAACUCCACCCACAGUAAGGAUUUAGACCGCGUGAGCACAUGCUCCUCCACCAGCGAGCAGUCCAUUCACUCCACCCAAAGUAACGGGAGUGAAAGUAGUAGCAGCAGCAGCAGUGUGUCCACCAUGUUGGUUACCCAAGACUAUGUGGCAGUGAAGGAGGAUGAGAUCAGUGUGGCACAGGGUGAGGUUGUCCAAAUACUAGCCAGCAACCAGCAAAACAUGUUCUUGGUAUACCGAGCUGCCAAUGAGCAUUGCCCUGCAGCUGAGGGAUGGAUUCCUGGCUUUGUAUUAGGACAUACUUCAUCCUCUACUACACCUGAUUUCCCAGAGGGAACCAUCAAAAAAUCCGUAUCAUGGCAUACUGCGCUUCGCAUUCGCCGCAAGUCAGAGAAAAGAGACAAGGACGGUAGGAAAUUGGAGAAUGGCUACCGUAAAUCUCAGGACAACUUGGCUAACAAAGUCUCUGGCAAGCUUCUGAAUCCCAACUUCAUCAGUGAUGCUCCUCCAGAGUUCCUCAUUCCACUUUGUGAUGUAGCAUGCGAGAGUGGUGAAAGUGUUACUCUUAGAUGCAAGAUAAGUGGCCGGCCACGAGCCACUGUCACCUGGCGAGGUCCGGACAACAACACUCUUAGCAACAAUGGGCAAUACAGCAUCACCUACAGUGAGACAGGAGAGGCGACGCUGUGUAUCCUGGGGGUGACUAUGGAGGACAACGGAAGAUACACUUGUGUUGCUAUGAAUGUAACAGGUUCUGUCACCUCCUCUGCCAGCCUCAGAGUAUCAGGAAGCCCUGAUGAUAGCAACAAUGCAAUUUGGAAACGUGGUUUUGAGUCCCACUACACUGAUAUUUCUGAACUUGGAAGAGGCCGCUUCUCAGUGACCAAGAGGUGCGACCAGAGAGGCAGCAAAUGGACUGUGGCGGCGAAACAUGUAAACAAGAAGCUGAUGCGUCGAGAACAAGUGCUGCAGGAGGUCAAACUCCUCCAAACUGUGGAUCAUCCAAACCUGGUCCGCUUCCUGGACAUGUAUGAGACGACCAACAGUUAUGUUCUUAUAUUAGAGAUGGCAGACCAAGGACGUUUCCUAGAUUACAUCGUGAGCUGGGGAAAUCUGACAGAGGAGAAAGUAGCCCUGUAUCUCAGAGACAUUCUGGAAGCGCUCCAGUACCUACACGGCUGGAGGAUAGUGCACCUUGAUCUCAAACCCGAGAACAUUGUUGUAGAACAGGUGUCUUCCCAGCCUGUGGUGAAGCUCACUGACUUUGGUGAUGCUGUUCAGCUAAACCCACCAUCCACCUACAUUCAUCCUCUUUUAGGGAGCCCAGAGUUCUCUGCCCCCGAGCUUGUCCUGGGUCAGCCUGCCUCUCUGAUGUCCGACAUAUGGAGCUUAGGUGUGUUGACCUACGUUGUGCUCAGCGGUGCGUCGCCUUUCCUAGACGAGAGUCUGGAGGAGACGUGUCUGAACAUCUGCCGACUGGAUUUCAGCUUCCCCGAGGACUACUUUGAAGGCGUGAGCACAGCUGCCCGCGACUUUGUGUGCCUGCUCCUGCAAGGGGAGCCUGAGCAACGGCCCUCAGCAACGGCUUGCCUGCAGGAACCGUGGCUCCGCCUCCCGGGCGUAGCGGACAGGGACACCGGAUACGCCACUUCCAAUCGCAUGCAGCUUCCCCCGGUCCAGAAUCACACCUCCCAUUUGGAUACGUCCCGGCUCAUUUCCUUCAUCGAGAGGCGGAAACACCUGAAUGACGCCAGGCCCAUCGGGACGUUGAAGACGUUUCUUCAAAGCCGGCUGCUUAAUUAUAUGUGACUGAAGUACCUCGAUCGUCCCUCUCAACCGGGUUGCCGUUCCUAACCGCAGAUCAACAUCUCCACACUGAUGCCAUGUUCUCUCACUGAUCCACAAGUGUCCUGCUGCUGCUGACUGACUGAAUGACAUCUGCUGACAAAACCUUUGACUUCCCCCUCUUCACUUCCCUCCUAACCUCGGCAUGUUUAUGCCUGCACAACAAACUGUCAGAAUUUGUGCGAGACUUCCAACCCCGACUUGGCAGUGAGAAAAGCAAGCUUUUCUUUUCUCGCGAGUCAUAGUCUUUCAAAGAGGAAAUAGAAUACUGUAUAGUCUGUGUGUGUCAGGCUGCUUAUCGUUGACCACAGAACAAGCCUUUUUCUUUGUAAAAAAGAGAUUACUUUUUGUAAGUGAAACCGUGUACAGUUAGGAAACAAAACGCUAGUCACCUUUGAGGAAAACAAAAGUUUGUAGAAGGAAAAAAACAAGAUGGCGUCCAUUAGUGACGUCAUACCAACAUGAAGACUAGACCAUGUUUUUUUUUUCCCUACUUGGUUACUUUGAGUGCAAUAGUGUGUGCUGUCUGUCCUCUUGCUUGCCUUCAGCAUCAAAACUGAAGUCGUUUCAGCACAAGCUUAAUGAAGAAAUGUUAAAGGUAACGCUUCCUAGAUCUCCGCCUUACUUGUAAAUACAUAUUCAUGCUUUUUCAUUUAUUUUUCAACAAUCUUUUGCCACUGAACAAAGUCUUAUUUGUAAGAUGAUGAAAAAAUUUAGAAAUGCACUCGUUUUAUGUCUGUUUCCAUGUGCAAUGUUGCAGCUUGAACAUUUAUGCAACUAUUUAUGAAGAUUUUUGUUGUAGGUGUAGUCUUUAAAGGAGAUAAAGGCAUGUACGUAACCGGUACUGCAAUAGACGUCUGUAUUGUGUUAACUCUUCUGUAUUAAGUUCAGUACUAAUAUCUGCAAAACCUCAAUUAAAUGAGUGUUGACAACAAUGUAAAAUGUGUAUAUUGUAAAAAAAUAAAACAAAAAAAACAAGCACUUAUGCUUUUCCUUUGUCAUAGUUUCCAUAAUAAUACCAAAGUUUUCUAUUUGUUUUCCUGUAUUAUUUUGAUUUUUCAUGUUAAUUUAUAGAGAGCACAGUGAACCCAGAUUAUUUAAGAGUUUACAUGGACUUUUAUUUAUUUUAUGACUAUGUUUAGCGAUUCAUUUGCUGCGUUAGGGUGGACUUUGCUUGCUUUAUGGUUGCAUCCUUACGCAAUAUAGCAUGAUCUUAGCAUGGGGUGCCUAAUCAAUUUAGGAGACAAAAUUUCCUUUUGCUCUAUAUCUUGUUUACUCAGCAGUCGAGAAUGGUUGCUAAACUUUCAUUGGAAAAUUUAUGUCUACUAAUCUGUGGGAAAAUGUUGAGUUCUCUAAGGUUUUGCUGUAAUUUUUCUUUUUUUUUUUUUUUUGUCUUUAUGUAUCUGGGUUCCCGGGGAAAAAUAUUAAUCUAGUUCUGUAAAAGCUUCUAUUCAGCAAAAUAUGUUGUAUGUAAUAAAAUGCCUUUGUGAAGCCCUCAUCCUCCUCUUGCUUGUGAUGUAAAGAUGUACAGAGAGGGGCAGAGGGCAGUUUGCCUCCACCCAGGAUGUAAACCUGUUUCAUAUUUGAAAUACACCUACAACACUGACUGCGGCAAUGUCAAUUUGAAUGUUGUAUGAUGACUUCAUUUUUACUUUUGCAUGUAUAUUCCUCUGUACAGAAGACUGUGUUUACAUGUAAGUGUAAAUAUUUUAGUUUGUGGUGUUAUUUUGCCAUUAAACGUUCAAAGAGCAA